GUUGGAAGCUGCAAACCAGCUCGGUCCCGCAAAGAAACAUGGGACCUGUGGCAGCAACGACUUCACCAGGAGGAUUGACGUCUGUACAGUCCUUGCAUAACGAGCAAGUGAACACAAGUCAGAACGCUAUGGGUACAGAGGUGCAAGCUGCCGAAAAUGCGGGGGAAACACAGAAGGAUUUACCAACUGGAGGAGAGAAGAAGACAAAGGCGGCGAUAGAGACUGUUCGAGGGAAACCUGUUUCGGGCCGCGCAUGGAAAGUAACGCAAACAAAGCGGCAUUCUGCCAUGAGGCCAAAAAUGCUCCGACCAGGCUGGGUAAAGCAACAGGAAGAUAGAAAGAAACGCGAGAUUGUAAAGACAAUCGAAAAAGAAUUGAAAGACCAAAAGAUUGCCGCAAAACAAAAAAAGAGGGAGGAGGAAAAGGAGCGACAGAAGCGAAAAGAGGAAAAUGAAAAGCGUGCUGAAGUAGUCCAGCAAGUAUCUGCAGCGAAGCUGAAGCGGAUGAAAAAGAAGCAAUUGCGCCAGCUCCGCAAGCAAUAGAAACGCAAUUAUCAAUCACCGACUAUAAUCCUGUACAUCUUUCUUUUCUCCAUUCUACUUGUUACUAUCCUUCUUAUUCUUGUAAUUUAUCAUUCUCAACAUUGCUUAUUGACCUUGUA